CUCGUCUCGAUGUCGUGCCUUGACCGCGCCGAACGACCGCCGCAAUAACGCAUACACGUCACACCGACGUCGUACCUAUACCGCCACGGCCACUUCCGUACCGGUACACAAGCGCACACCGACACCGGUUACCGAAUACCGACUCGCGCGCGCCGCCGCCACCGUCACCACCACCACCACUCCGCCCGUCGCUACAGUGUGCAGACCGACCCCUCCCGUCUACUACACACCGAGCGGCCGAAUCAUCAGUACUACCCCGCCCCGCAAGACCAUACGGCGGUCCGUGUCCCGUGACACUUUGCGACUGGGUUAUCGUUAUGCGCUGUCGGCUUUGGCAGGUUAUUUUUCCUGUUGUCGGUCCUUAAUACUGAUUAUCGCCAUCGCUCAUCCGUCGCUGUUAUCGAAAUAUGAACCGGAAUCAAUGCUGUCGGUUAAAAAUAGUGUGGCCCGAAAAAACGGCUGUUCGCGUCAUCCGUUAAUCCAGCGGGAAAUGUCUCGAUAUCCCGUCGAACGUCGCCAUCGUUGUCAUCUCGGCAGUCGCCGUGUUCACCGCAUCGCCGAUCGUUUGAUCUGCGGCCGUUUAGCGUUGCCGCCGACCGCGGCUGUUAAAUAUUAUAUUACCGCGCGCCGACGACGGCCGUUACCACCACCACCGCCGCCACCACCAUCGUCAUCGACACAGACGCGGCUGUAGUCGUCUAUUCACUAGUCGUAGACCGUAGUGCGACGCCGGUGCUUAGCCAUUCGCUUUGCGUGCUGCCGCAGUAGUGUACACCGUUGCGUGGCGGGCGAAGGGCUUGUGGAUACGUAAAUCGCGACGUCGAAGCCGGUUCGUCGACCAGACGUGCUAAAAAAAUUAAUUGACGUUCCGCGCACAGAUCGUCGUCAUCGCCGUGUCCAAUAUCACUAUGACCACCACCACCACCACUAAUCUUCGGACGGUCCUAGAACAAUAAUAAUAUUAAUAAUAACUUCCUGAAGACAAUUGAAGAAUUAAAACUGAAUGAUAGCAGUAAAUAGUUAGAAGAAAUGCCAUGAUAGGACGAUUGUAUUCUUUAAUUUUAUCGCUUGGCAGCCUUACAUUAAUCACAUUUUCUUUGUGGUCAGUAUGGAGCAAGAUAGUGAAUGUCGACGAAUCACAUGCUGGCCAUGUCGAAUAUCGUAUACUUACAAUAGAAAAUGUUACUUCAAAACCAUUCGAGUUACAUUCUUUGUCAGAUACAGAUCUUCACUCUUUGAUCGAUCUGCCAUCUUUCAAUUUCAAUAUAAACCAAAAAGUAUGCAACAACAACACUAAAUUGAUAGUGGCUUUAGUUCAUACUGCACCAGGACAUUAUGCCAAACGUCAGGCUAUAAGAGAUACAUGGGCAAAGAUGAUACCAACAUUAUUUUUCAUGGGUCUCCCAGAUUCAAACAUUACUCAAAACAAUGUUGUUUUAGAAAAUCAAUUGUACAGUGAUAUUAUUCAAGGCGACUUUAUAGAUUGUUACCGUAAUUUAACUUAUAAACAUGUGAUGGUACUAAAAUGGACUUUAUACUAUUGUCCCUGUGCCAGGUAUUUGCUCAAAACUGAUGAUGAUACGUUGGUUAAUGCACCAUAUUUGUUGGAAAUACUCAAUCAUAGAUUAUCACCUUUAGGAGCGCGAAAUUUGCUUAUGUGCCAACUCAUGUUUUCGAGUAUGGUAAAACGUUCAUAUAGAUCUAAAUGGAGAGUUUCAUAUUCUGAAUAUCCAAAUCGUUGGUAUCCAAUUUAUUGUAGAGGCUGGGCGAUAGUUUAUUCGCCAGAUGUAAUUUAUAAACUAUACACGGAAGCACAAGUGACUCCAUACUUUUGGAUUGAUGAUGUUCACAUAACUGGUACAAUAGCAAUUAAACAGAAUAUUACUCAAACAGAUUUAGGAGAAUUAGCUGUGGACGAAUCUGAUAUACUGGAUGAUAGAAAUAUUAGUCACAAAUUUUUAUUUUGCUUAUUAAAUAAAGCAGAUCAGUCAAUGAGAAAAUUUUGGAAUAUUAUUUUACAACCAGAUGAUGCUGUUGUUUCAUCUUCAACCAACCUUGGACUUGAUGUAAAUGUUGGUAAUAACUAAACAAAUAUGAUUAAUUUUUAAUAAUUUUCUUGAAGAUUGAAUAAUGAAUUGUGAUAAAGUAGUAUGUAAAAAAGUUAUUUGUUAUUAUUUUAUUUUUAUUUUAGGAAGUAAUAUAUGUAGGUUUUUUUUUAAAUAAGGCUGAUUUUAAAAAUGAAAGUUAUAAAACAAUGUGUAUGUAAAAAUUAUAAUAUAAUUUUAUUUUAGAUACUUAGGAGGUACCUAAUUAUAUAGUGUGAACUAUAAAGCGCUACAAAUUAUCUUUAAGGGGUGUUUAAUAUAAAAAGUUUCAAGUGAUAUAUUUAUAGACAUAUGACAUAUACCAACUACAUUAUACAUAGUGUAUAGUAUAAUUAUCAUUUUUAAUGAUAUACUAAUUAAUUACAUACAUUUUAAAUAACCAUAUAAUUUGUAAAAUGUACAUAUAUAUUUACUAAUGUAUUGUUAUAUAAAAUUUAAUAAAAAAAUAUUACCAUGUAUACCUAUUUAAUAAUAAUAAUAAUAAUAAAAAUAGUAUUAACAAUACACAAAUUCUGUCUACUUAUAGCUUAAAAAUAAGAAAUUCAAUUGAUUAAAUGUAUUAGAUACUUGUGAAAAAGAGUAAAAAUAAAAGAUAUAUCUUGAAAUCAUUGUUUUAAAUAACACUGUUGUGACGGCAGGGUAAACAUAAAAUAAGUAAGGUUUUUCAAUGAUUUGAAAGUAUAAUUAGAAUGUAGUAACUUUGAACAAUAAUUUCAGUUCUUCAAUACCAAUUUUUCAAAUAUUACCUAUUAAAUAUUUAUAUAUAAUAAAAUUAAAGUAGUCAAUUGAAUUGUAUAAGUUUGUAAAAGUUGGUGAAUUUAUUUAAAUUAUGUCUAAAGAUGAGACAGUAUUUUGCCAUUAUUAAAAUGCGCCAAAAAUAAAUACUAGCUGUUUCUUUAACUAAUUUAUAUUAUAUUUCUAGCCAAAUUAAUGAGUCAAAUCACAUGAAAUAUUUUAAAUAUAUUUUAAUGUCUAUUAAGCUAGAUAAUGUGUUAUGUAGGUAAUCAAUUUAGUGAUAAUUUUUUUGUUCUCCAAUUAUAAUCAAAUACAAAUGUAUUUAAUUUUAAUUAUUAAAUUGUUUGCAUUCCAAGAAAAUUUGUACCUCUUAAUAAAUAUUUUUGUUUUGUAUUAUCUUAUUUAUGAAAAACUCUUUGGCUUUUGUUCAUUUUUCACGUAUAAUUAUCAUAUUAAUGAUAAAACUUAAAAAAUCAUAAACAAUUAUAUCACAAAUUAUUUCAGUAGUUCUUAAUAUAAUUUUUUUUUUUUUAAAUCCAAUGAAUAAAAUGAUAAAAUCAACAUAAAUAAAUAAUAGGCCGUGGUAGACUUCUUUAUUUUUAGGAAUGAUCUUUACUGUAAUAAAUUUACAUUUUAAAAUUGUUUAAAAUAUUAAGUCCGUUUUCAAAUGAAUUUCUUAUUUGUAUAUAUGCCAAUAUAAUUUUUAAUACAUUAAUAAAAGCAAGGAUUAAAGGCUAAUUAUUAUAAUUAAUAAGAAAUAAUUAUUUUUUCCUAAAUUAAUUUUGAGUAACAGUAAAGUUAUAAAAUAAAUAUUGUAUCACUGUUAUAAGCUAAAACUAUUUUAACAUAAUUUUAAAGGAAAAUGUGCUAUGGAUAAGAUUGUUUGUUUAUAAAACUUAAACUCAAUAGCACAUGGUUAAAGAAAUUAAUCAAUGAUUAUGCUCCUUUUUGGUUUUCCUUAACUUGACAUAAUGUAAGGUUUAAUUAAAAGAGUUUUGAUAUUAUAAUGAAUUUUUAAUAUAGUUCAUACCAAGAACAUUUUGGUCAAAUUCUAUAUUCUUAUGUUAUCAUUUACAAAUAUUUAAGUAUAAAUUAAACAAAACUAAUUUAUCUUGUGUUUAACUUUAUAUUAUUAAUUUGUAUUAAAUUAGUUUUAAUCCUUGCUUUUUUGUUGCAUACUUGUUCCUAAUAUAAGUAUUAAUUUUACAAUUUAUAUGUAUUGUUGAGACUUAUAAUUAUUAUAACAAAGUAUCUUAAUAAAUAAAAAAUAAAAAUAUUUUAAUGUUUGUAGAUGUUAAAAGAAGAUCUCAUGAGAUGUACUUAAAUUGAGUUGAAUGUUUCAACAUGUUAUAAAUUGUUUUUAUGUUUUAUUCAAACGUAUACUCUUAAUAUUGUUUAGUUGUUUCUCAUAAAUUCAUAAAUUUUCUUUUUUGGUGGUUAUCGGAAAUUAAUAACACAAAUUAAAAUGUUGAAUAAUGCUUUAUUAUUAUAUUCAAUUUAGAUUAAAAAAAAUAUUAAACUGGUGCAUAUAAAUUUUCAAGUUUUAAGUUAUAAUUCUAAGGCAUAUCUAAUUUAAUAGUUGAAACUAGGAUACUUUAUUUUAUUAAUUUAUGUUUGAAGUUGUAUAAACCAAACAUUUUGUUGAAAAUGGUUAUUUUUUAUUUAGUAAGAUACCUAAUUUACUAAGAUCUGUGUCAUUGAUAAAACAUGUUUGUAAUAAGAUUAUGUACUUAAAAUUUUGUUUUAUAUAUGUAAUUAAUCAUUACAAAUUGUUAAUGUUAAAAACAUAAUUAUUGUAAUUAGUAUAUAUAUCAAAUACCAAAAAUUGUUAAUUAUAAUUUUUUAAAAAAAAUUAGAAUUUUUUUAUUGAAUUGGUGCCAAAAUUUAGAACUUAGUGUCAAAAAAAUGUCAGUUAUAAUUUUUUGCUCAAUUAUCACAGUAAUUAUUAUUUAAGUAAUCACCUUCACUAUUAUUUGUAACAGUUAUGAGUUACUUAUUAUCUGUUUCAUGUUUUUUUUUUUUUUUUUUGUUAUUUAUAUUUCAUGAAAUAUGUAUUGGGGACCAACUUGUCUUAACAUCGACAAAUAAAGGAUCUGGUAUAAAUAAAUGAAUAUGUGACUCGAAAGAAUUCAAUAAAAUUAUGUUUCAAAUAUGCUGUUAAAAAUACACAGACAUAAUAUUAGGUGCUCUAAAAAAAUUAAUUUUUUAAAUUAUUAAAUAAAAAUAUAUGAAGUAUGUUUUAACAAAGGAGUUAAAGUUAGUUAUAUCGUGUUUAUAUAUUUAACUUAUGUACCUAUAUUUGUUUGCAAUACAUUCCUUGUAAUAUUUUCGAAUGCCUAAUACUAUGUUGGUAAUGAAAUACUGUUUAUAAUCAAUGGUAAUACAAAUUAUUAAUUGAUUUUAUUUA